AAUGGAGCAUUCAGUAGAAUACACGGAUUCUGGGCCGAUCAUCAGGUAUAACGAUGAAGAAGGAAAUGAUAUUACUCCCCAGCCUCUCUACACACCUCAAGAGGACCUCAAAAUAAAGAAGAAAAAGAAGGUAGUUGCUGUGAGCACCCCAGGAGAGCCAAGUCCGAUAAUGGCGACAUUUCUCAAGAUGGCAACCUCUACUGUUUAUAAGAUGGCUGGCCUAGGAUCCUUCCAGGGUUCACAUACAUACAAGAGUGUUAUGGGUGAAUUUGAAGAGGAAGAAGAAAAGGAUGAAGAAGACGGAGAAAUGAAUCUUGAUGAGGCAACUGAGGACUUAGGAGAUAUGCAAGACAAAGGAUCAGUUUCUCUGACUGAAAGUCCGACCUUCUGGCAAAUAUCAAUUGCUGGGACAUGUGUUGCACUACCUAAAACAGAGGAAGUAUCUGAGAAGAUUCCAAAGUCCCUAAGUCUAGAUCUUACUGAGAGAUGGACUCAAACUCUAGAUCUUCCAAGAAAACGCAAAGAAACUCAGAGUGAACAGAUAGUAAUGAAGGAUUCUAGUGGACAAGCCUCAAAUAUAGAUAUUUUCAAAGCUCUUAAAUCUGUGGAGUAGAUGUACAUAUAUGGUAUUAAUAAAAUGAAUUUGUUUUGAAAAUGUUACAAUAAAAAUACAAUCAAUAUUUUUA